UUUUCCUUACCGAUUUUAACUCCUAACAUGGUUAUUUAUGAUUAAAUGUUCGCCCCUGUAGUCUUUACAUGAAUUCAGAGUUUAAAUAAUGGGUUUGAAACUAAAACACAACGACACUGAGUCACAUUUCUGCGUUUUAAAGGUGCAAUAGUCAAUAUUUUUCAUUUUUUACUAGUACAAAUAAAGUGGGAAAUUAUGUAGAAAUGAUCCUACUUAAUAGUUUAAGUUACAACACAUGUAUUGGGUAGCUGGAAAAACCCCACUUUGGAAACCUCCCUUCCGGUCCGGAAGAUAUGUAUGUUUGUGUUUUGAUCCGCGUCUUGUUAAUCAUUUUAUGGACACGCCCCCAACACACAUUCACGUUCUCAUAACUCACUACAGGAGAAUGUUUUGCAUGUUUAUAAGAGCUGGGACUCGUCUUUCUCAAGCAAUCGAAUAUCCGAGUGCACUCGGACGCCGCGUCCUGGUGGUUCUACUACAACCUCUGUAAGUUCUGGGGGCGGGGCUUUAUACAUGAGGGGAAAUGGGGGUGGACUCGAUGGCUGCGUCCGAAAUCGCAUACUAUGACAGUACGUACUGAUCCGUAUGUGUGCGUGUAUUAUGACGACAAUCCCGGACAUACUACAUCUGCCAUGUUGGCGUAGUCAUGUGACCUUCGACGUCAUCAUAACGACAGAAAUCUUAAACAAGUUAACGCUUUAUUCGGGUAUUGCCAAACAAGUCCUGUUUAAUCGAGGUUUAAUACUUGAAAAGAGCCGAUGCUUUGUAACAUGUUUGUUUGUUUGUUUGUUUUGUUUCUGAGCUCGUCCACACCAGUCCCGUUGCAUUGUGGGGUUGUUUGACUCGCGUCGUGUCCACCUUGCAUGCUGCAAAAUCUCCGGGAAUUUCUCGCCUACUGUUUCUUGCAUACUUAGAAUUCCGACAUACAACCCCUCUGGUGUACUGCUUUUCACCUAUCAUAUACUGUAGUAGUGAGGCGUGAUGAGGUUUUCGUAGGAGGAGGACACCCACUCCAUCUGACCCCGAGGAAGACUGAGCAGCAGGAAAACAUGAGGCUCGCGUGAGGUAUGAGAGAGCUCCAGUAAUGUGCCAUGGGGUACGACGUCACCAGGUUCCAGGGGGAAGUAGAUGAGGAUCUGCUCUGUCCCAUUUGCAGCGGAGUGCUGGAGGAGCCAGUGCAGGCCCCACACUGUGAGCAUGCCUUCUGUAACGCCUGCAUCACGCAGUGGUUUGCGCAGCAGCAGAUCUGCCCGGUGGACCGCACCGUGGUGACGCUGGCACACCUGCGGCCGGUGCCACGCAUCAUGCGCAACAUGCUGUCCAAGCUGCAGAUCUCCUGCGACAACGCCGGCUUCGGCUGCACUGCGACACUGCGCCUCGACCAGCUCCAGUCUCACCUCAAAGACUGCGAGCACAACCCCAAACGACCCGUCGUCUGCGAGGAGGGCUGCGGGUUGGAGAUGCCCAAAGAUGAGGUUCCGAACCACAACUGCAUCAAGCACUUGCGCAGUGUCGUGCAGCAGCAGCAGACCAAGAUCGCAGACUUGGAGAAAACCGCAGCUGAGCACAAACACCAGCUGGCGGAGCAGAAACGGGACAUCCAGCUCCUUAAAGCGUACAUGAGGGCGAUCCGAAGCGCAAACCCCAACCUGCAGAAUCUGGAGGAGAGCAUCGAGUACAACGAGAUCCUGGAGUGGGUGAACUCGCUGCAGCCUGCUCGCGUGACGCGCUGGGGAGGCAUGAUCUCGACGCCCGACGCCGUCCUGCAGGCCGUUAUCAAGCGCUCGCUCAUCGACAGCGGGUGUCCCCUCUCCAUCGUCAACGAGCUCAUCGAGAACGCCCACGAGCGCAACUGGCCUCAGGGCCUGGCCACGCUAGAGACGCGCCAAAUGAACCGGCGCUACUACGAGAACUAUGUGGCCAAACGCAUCCCGGGCAAACAGGCCGUGGUGGUGAUGGCGUGCGAGAACCAGCACAUGGGCGAGGACAUGAUCCUGGAGCCGGGAUUAGUCAUGAUCUUCGCUCACGGAGUGGAGGAAAUCUUAUAGUCGGGACCGGACGACUUUUUUCUUUGGGGGGGGUGGGGGGGGGGUUUGGGGAUGGUGGAAGAAUCAACGCUCGAGUUUUUAGAUCUUUACCUCAUAAAUGACACGUACCAACAGGGGUGGAAACGACGUAUGAAGGAGCAGAACGAACUGCGUUUGUGCCGAGGAUGAAAACCUCCAGCCACCCUGUUGCCUUAAAAAGCAGACCCUUGGAUUAAAAAAAAAAAAACACCACCACACCCUGAAAUGUAAACCACGAAGAAAUGCUGGAGCUUUCUAUUUAAUCACCACUGACUGACUGAAUGAAUCGAAGUCUCUUUACCACUUUGUUGUUUAACGCCGUUUCACACCGCUCGCGUCCGCUUCCCAUCCUGUAAUAUAAAUGCGUUCGUUGUAAAUACGGAAGAUUUAUGGAAGAAAUAUAAACAUAUACGCUAUCUAUUCUUGGUAUCGUAGAAUAGCUAAGAGGAUCUUUUUUUUUUUUUUUUUUUUUUUUUUUUUGGAGGAUUAACGCGCCAGUACGGAGGCUUGUAAAGAUCGACUCGGAUUGGGAUCAGCUCGUACGUUUUCUAUAUCUAUAUACACACACGUUAUAUACAUGAAGCAUCUUAAACGUAUAUAAUGAGGAUAUUUAGCGCGCGUCAUGUCUGUGAUUUCCGUGCUCGCUUCAGCUGCGUCGGCCGACCCCCGAGUAAGGCUGCGAGUCAGGAAAUGAAGCCUGUACGGCACAGAGCUCGGAAAGAAGGAAGGAACAUAAUAUCUUUGACAUCUGCUAAAACUGCUGGCACUUAAGCGAGAGGAACGAGCGGGAGGAGAAACCCGAGAGCUCCGCGUGGGCUGUAAUUGUUCGCUGCCUCUGAACUUGACCACAGUUUCAGCUUCUCGGGUUGUGGGUUUUGAUUGAUUUUCUAGUUAAAUACGGUUUAAAGCCCUGCGCCGGGUCUCGUUUUUCCGCUUUCCCCGCGCUAAUUUAUUCCCGAUCCUCGCAGGCUUUUCGAAGGCGUCCAGCUCGCUAGCGUUUCCUUCCACCCAAAGAUUUCUAUCGGGGGGCGGGGGAUAACCUCGCGUUACCGAUUAAUCGAGGAGUCGUGCGAUCGAAACCGAGGACGCGACGAUCAUCGCGAUGACCGAAAUAAUCCGGGGUCUCGCGCAGAAAAGAUAAUGAUCUGCUUCGUCGUUUUUACCCUGAAACCGGAUCACGUUCUGCCACGCGCCCACGCUUGACGCGUCAAAUCCAGCCACUCGUUCGUCUUUCUUUGCCUCGAUGCCACUUGGUGUUUUUACUUCUUUAUAUUUCGUGUAAUUGAUCACACUGUUUAGAAAUAGUGACAAAUUUUCGAGAAUUUAUUUUUGCUUAUUAUUAUUAUGAUUUUUUUUUUUGUCCUGGUAUUCUUUCUGUACAUAUUUGAUUUUAAACGAAACUCUGGUGUGACUCUCCUUUUCUUCACGCCACCAAAGUGUUCUGUGAGUUUUGCUCAUUGUGCUUUUUGUUUUUGUCUUUUGUUCUGCAAAGAAAACAUGAACCCUGUCAUAUCCCGAUGGUGUAUGUCGUCUCGUUCAUUCUCAUCUAGACCCGGACGUCACGUGCGCCUUCCGCAGAGAGUCCAGACGGCCGCGUCGGAGGAUCUUUAUUCGGCGUUAAUCACCGGAUAACGGCGAACACGGCGGCGUGUCGACGUACUUCGUUCGACGCUUCCACGUCGAGCACUGCGUAAAAGUCGUAGGGAAAUACACGCUGAAGAAAAGAUCUGAAGCAGAGAACUUGAAAUGAAAUAUAUUUCUGUAUAUCCAAUACGUAACUACGCUCUAACCGUACGUAAGGACAGUAGGCGGUAAGAAACUGCUAAAUCUGAUCAAUAUUUAAUCUCGCCACCCUUUGCUUUUAAAAUGGCAUUUUUUUUUUUUUUUUAAAUAAAGAAAUCAACUUGUUUUAUAAAAAAAAAAUCAAAUGAGCAAAUAAACGAAGCAAAUUUUGCUAAUCUUUCGCAAUUCUUCUACACACUUUGUGUCUCAGUAAUAAACUUUAUUAAUACAGGACACAUUACAGAUUUCAGACAGUAAACUGUAGUAAUGACGAAUUCUAUAGAUAAAACGAGGGCAGAAAAUAGAGGAAAGAAAAAUGUCAUGGAAAUUUUGAAAAUCAAUAAUUUUGUAAAAAAAAAAAUUGAAAAAACAUUAAAAAAAAAAAAAAAAGGAUAAAUAUAAAGUAAGUAUAAAAUCAGUAAUUAAGUUAAAAUAGUACUAAUGUAAUAGUAGCUUCUGUUUCUGCAGAUACUUCCACACACUCUCCAUCAUGAUUCAGUCUCUGAAAAGUUCUCGAUGACUUCAUAUCAUGAUAAUAUUAUAAACAAUAUCUUAACAAUGUUUCUUUUUUUUUUAAUUGUUAUUUAAAUGUUUGGACGUUUUUCAAUUUGAUUCUUUCUCACAGACAUCCUAGUGCAGAAAACCUCAACCAAACACAACGUAAAAUGUACUAAGUAAUGAAUGGGUGCCUAAACUUUUUCCCAGUUCUGUACAUUUGCUCUCCCUCCCCCUCCAUCGCCUUCACCUUAAAAUUGUUUUGAAGUGCUUCUCCUAUUUUAAACAAUGUUUAAAUAAAAAUAUCCUUCAACGGCAAAUAAAUAAAUAAAUAAAUAAAUAAAUAAAUAAAUAAAUAAACAAUCGACAUGCCUACACGUUUACAUCCAGCCUAUAACCUGCAAGUAAUGAAUAUGCAAAUUCGGAGCAUCCCGUGGUAAACGGAUUGGCCGUCAUGUUUCAUGACUCGAUAAGAAUAACGUUAAUGUCUGAUGAUCAGUACUUAUUCGGGGUGUUGUUUUUUUUCAGUGAGGUUUUCAGAAUCGUGUUUCUUCUCAGUUUUCGCACGUUCACACACUCCGUACACUCGUUUAUCCACGAAGGAUUUAAUCCUACACGUCUAUAAAGUUGAUAAGAACGAGUCAAUAAUACCGACAUGUUUGUGUCUGAAUCAACUAAACUGUGAAUUUUACAUCUUUACUAAGCAUCACCAUUCGUAGUCCUACUUCUACACGUUUCCACCAUUAGGCCUGUCUCGUAUCCAUAACCGUGUGUGAAGGUUCGACGUUUUACUACCAACCUGACCCUUUUCUACGCUGAAGCAUGGUUUGUGUAUGUUGUGAAAAGACGGAGCGAGUGUAUAGCUGUGACGUGACGUGACGUGACGCGAGACGUGACGCGUCGUGUUACUGCAGGGUUUACUGGCCGAUAUUCGUGUCUCGUCCUGUCCAAGCCAAACCGUUCACGUUCGGUUUCUUUGUUCUUUUCUUUUGCAAUGCGGUCUGUGAUGUGAUUUCCAGAUGUGGCGCUGUUUACCUCUGUCGCUCUUUUGUGUUGUGUGUGUGUAUGUGUGUGUGGUGUUAUUUUUUUGACAAUAUUAAUAAACAGAUAUUUAUUUCCGAA